AUGGAGCACAAGAGACGGGAUAUCAUAGCGGUCGUCUAUUUGAUGUGGAUAGGAAUAGCUUUGGUAAGUUCGCAAAAUACAGAUAAUAAUCAGAAUAUUUCAGCGACAGAAUCGAUAAAUAGCGAGUCUGAUGCAACGAGUGUUGCUCUUCCCAAUCUAAAUUCAAGUCCUGAUAUGGCAAGUCCUGCUAUGGCAAGUCCUGAUACGGCAAAUCCUGAUACGACAAGUUCUAAUACGGCAAGUCCUGGUACUGACAGUUCUAAGGCAAGUCCUGAUGCAGCAAGUCCUGAUGCGGCAGGCGCCGAUAGCGCAAGUAAUAAUGCGGCAAGUCCUGGCACUGACAGUUCUAAGGCAAUUCCUAAUGCAGCAAGUCCUGAUGUGGCAGGUGCUGAUGGUACAAGUCCUGAUGCACCAAGUCCUGAUGUGGCAAGUCCUGAUACAGGAAGUUCUGAUACAGCAGGUCCUAAUACGGCAAGUCCGGACAGUUAUAAGGCAAGUCCUGAUGUGGCAAGUCCUGGUACGGGAAGUCCUACAGCAGGUCCUGAUACAGCAAAUGCCAAAACAGGAAAUGUAGAAACACCUUUUACUUCGAAUGCAAUAACUUCAAGCAAUGCAGUGCUUGAUCGUCCUACCGGAGAUGUACAAAUACCUGCUGAUCCAUCUCCAGCAGCUGCUCCCGGCGGUGAUAGUCAAAGUGCACCAAAACCACCUACAAAUGCUGCUACCGUAAUUGAUACAUCAAAUACUCAAGCUGCACCAUCUGCUACUGAUGCACCGAAUAUAAUAGCCCCAGUUACUAGCGCUUCCAUUGACGAAAAACAAAACGAGGAGAAUUUUUUUAUUCCACCUUCGUCGGUUGCUCCUGUUGUAGAUGCUCAGAAUGCGUCAAUAUCACAUAUAACGACUGUUCCUGUAAACGAUGAACAAAAUACACCUGCUCCGCCAAUAAUAGCUAGUCCUGUUAUAGAUCCACAUAAUACACCGGCCCCAAACACAAUAGAUACUCCUAUUAUAGAUGCACAAAAUACGCCAGUCCCCCCUACAACAUUUGGUCCAGUUAUUGAUACGUUGAAUAGGCCAGCUACACCUACAACUAUCGCUACUGCUCCAGAUGUGCAAGUUGCCGCUGUUUCUCCGACAGGAAAUCCUUCAAAUGGGGGUAAUGUUAUACUUAUACCGAGUUACCCAAUCCCAUCCAGCCAAGGCUAUUAUCUAGUGCAGAAUCCUGUUCCACAAGGGAAUGGAUAUUCCCAGGUCAAUAUUCUAAGCGUCUGCUUCGUGAUAGUUUUAUCGUCUGCAUAUGAUGUCAAUGCCAACAACGAUGCUGUGGUGCCAGGACAACCAAGUUCAAAAACGGUCACAACAACAACAGUAACAACAUCAGAACAAUACCCGGAACCUAUUGCCGCUGUAAAGGAACCAGUUCCAGUAGCACCUAUUCAGGUCUCACCUCAACCAGUUGCCUCUGUUCCGGUUGCACCUGCCCCUGUUGCGCCCGCCCCGGUUGCAUCUGUACCGGGUGUACCUGCCCCGGUUACUCCAGUAGCGGUUGCACCUGUCGCGGUUGCACCUGUCGCGGUUGUACCAGUUCCGGUUGUACCUGCCCCGGAUGCACCUGCUAGGGUUUCCCCUGAUCCGGUUGUAUCUGCCCCUGUUGCACCUGCCCAGGUUGCACCUGUAGCGGUUGUACCUGCCCCGGUUGGCCCUGUUCCGGUUGUACCUGCGUCGGUUGCACCUGCCCCGGUUGCACCUGCCGCGGUUACACCUGCCCCGGUUGCACCUGCCUCGGUUGCACCUGCCCUGGUUGCAUCUUCCCCGGUUGCACCUGCCCCGGUUAUACCUGCCCAAGUUGCACCUGCCCCGGUUGCACCUGCCGCGGUUGCACCGGCCCCGGUUGCUCCUGUCCCGGUUGUCCCUGUUCCGGUUAUACCUGCUCCGGUUGCACCUGUCCCGGUUGCUCAUAUUCCGGUUGCAUCAGCUCCCUUCCCGCUAAUGCCGGUGGCACCAAUGCCAAUAGCCCCUUAUCCUGGCAUUUGGCCGAUACCUACCAGAAAUGUACUUCCUCAUUAUCCAGGCUUCUAUCCAUUCCGUAAUUCAUUGCCGUCACCCAAUUCAUAUUCUCAAGUAAUGAACAUAUACCCAAAUAAUCGUGACGGACCUGAAUACCUAUUAAUACCAGCUCCAUUUCUUAAUGUCGCAAAAAAGGAGUAA